ACACAAUGCUUCACAGUCUCUCCCUCACAACCCUCUCUUCCUCCUCUCCGGCCAAAACCCCAACCCCCAACUCUCUCUCUCCCUCUCCCACCCCCAAACCUCUCUACCUCAAAUUCCGCACAUCCUACCGCGACAACCUCCGUUACCUCAGAGCCCUCCGCAUACUCAACCCCGCCACCAAAAACAACAAGAAGCCUCCCUCUCCGGACGACGUCAACCACGUCCUCGCCACCGUAGACUUCCUCAAGUCCAAGGGCUUCACCGACCCCGACUUCGCUCGCCUCGCCUUCCUCUGCCCCCUGCUCUUCUCCUCCACCUUCGAGCCCACCGACGUCGCUCCAGUCUUCGACUUCCUGUCCGCCGACCUCUCCGCUUCCCCCGAACAGUCCCGCGGCCUGAUCCUCCGCUGCCCCCGCAUUCUCUUCUCCGACGUCGAGUUCUGUCUCCGGCCAACUCUCAAUUACCUGAAGCAGUUGGGGGUGGAGGAUCUGAGCUCGCCCACUAACCUGAACGCCCAUCUUCUGAACACGCGAACGGAUAGGCUGCGAACGAAGAUUGGGUUCCUGCGGAGCAUAGGGUUCUCGCACGAGGAGGCGACGAGGGCUUGUGUGAGAUUGCCGGCGAUUUUUGGGUACAGCAUUGAUAACAACUUGUGGCCCAAGUACAUCUAUUUGGUGGAUGAGAUGGAGAGGAGUGUGGAGGAGCUGAUUGGGUUUCCUCAGUACUUUGGGUUUAGCCUGGAGAAGCGGAUCGCUCCGAGACAUUUGCAUUUGAAAGAGAGGAAUGUUCACCUUCCUUUGAAUAGAAUGUUGCUAUGGGGCGACCAAAAAUUUUUUGCCAAGUGGAAGUGA